AUGGCGAGCGCUCUACUGAUGUUAAGUCGUCUAGUCUGCAUGCUAGUUGUGGUGGCAGUCAAUGCAAGGCUGGAUUAUGAUUGGAGUCCCCUCAGUUUUGAGACCCAUUACUCGAGAGAUUCUCGUGACGGCGGUUGGGGUAGCGGCUUAUUCAAAAUGGUCCUAAGUGGAUGGAAUGAUGAUUAA